UGGGUUUUCCGCUUACACUGAGGGAAAAGUGUAACACUUACACGCCUUGGAAGAGUGACGGGCUUGGCCCCAAGGCACGGUCCUCUUCACGCAACACACUCCCAGGCCUGAGCCCUGGCUGAUGCCUGGGAGGGCUGUUCCCAGGAGGCUCGCCCUGCCUGGAUUUGUAGAUACAAAGAGGCGCCAGCUCUUUCUCUCUGUCCCCCCUUUCUUUCUCCUCUCCUUUUCUUCCCUUUCUACCCAGGGUCAUAAGAGAAAUUUUAUUUUGCUGAGCUGAACGCUGGGAAAGCCCAGUCGGUCCGGCUGUAUGUGGGUCGCUUGGCCUCUGUGCCCUCCUGUCCAGUGCGUUGGUGGCAGCUGCACACAGUGUGGACUCAGGGCACUUGUCCUCUGCCAACAGGUUCUCCUGCUCCUGUAGACUUUUGGGGUGAUGUUUCCUUCUAGGAAAUACAGUUCCCAGUUCCAAUGUAUUAACAUGCCACAGGAUGAUAACACGUGGAGGCCAAAAAAUGGAGGCAUCAUUAACGAAGUCCCCUCCCUGCCCGGUGGACUUUAUUACAAAAGAAAUAACAACACAGCCCACAGAGGCCAUAAACAUUCUGCUGCUGGAGCUGACGUCUGGCCCUGAGCCAGGCGUCUGUGUCCCACCCGGCAAAGUCACCAAGUCACAUGGAUGGAGCCCGCGAGGCUGGCAAGAGUCACAGUGGCCACCACGUCACUGGGCAGCAGUGGGGGUCUUGGGUGACGUUUAGUUUUCUGAUCAAACCAGAGAAAAAGAAAACUCUGGAGGGAAUACAAAGUUCAGAAACCUGCUGACUCCUAGAAAAGGGAGUACUUUUUCCUCUUGUUAGAGGUUACGGAUAAAAAAUCUUGGCUUAGCAAAUGUCUCACUGGAAACGAGACAGAAGAAGCAUCCUCAGUUCCCCAUUGUAACAUCAUUACAAUAGAAAAGCACUAUCAAGGCUAUUAAGGAAAAGAAUUCAAAGAAACUUGCCCAUUUUUAAAGUGGGUGAAUUUUAUGGUAUGUAAAUGACACCCCAGUAAAGGUGGUGUUUUUUUUUUAAGGCACAAAAGUAUCACCUCCUGUUUUAGUACAGUCAGGCUUCUGGAACAAAGUGCCACCCACAGGCAUGGUGGCUUAUAAACCACAGAAACUUAACUCCUGACAUUUCUGGAGGUUGGAUGAUCAGGAGUCAGAGACGAGGGUGCCAGCAGGCUCAGUCAGAUUCUGGUCCCAGCCCGCCAUGUUGCUGUGUCCUCAUGGUGGGAGGUCUGAGAGAGCUCUCUGGGGUCCCUUUUAUAAGGGCACUAAUCCCAUUCUUUCUUGGGGGCUCCACCCUCAUGACCUAAUCACCCCCCAAAGGCACCUCCUCCUAAUACCACCAUCUUCGGGGGUUAAGAUUUCAGUGUAGGAAUUCAGGGAGGCAGGUGCAAAUAUGCAGUCCACCGCACCCCAGUUACCUAGUUACCAGGCUCCUUGAUGGCCCCGCUGGGAUGAGAAAAAUCACCCAAGUUCUGGCCAGGAGGCGGAAUGGGAGGCCUUGGCAGGUUAGGUGCCAUCUCUCUGGGCAUCCACACGUCACUGUCACUUCCUGGGAAGUCCUCCGUUUGGCCGACUGGCUGUGUCUCCCUCACCUCUUGAGGCUGGGAGCACCCCGCACAUGGUACCUUGUCCUACGAUUGCUUGAUCGUGUGAUUUCCCUGAGACCCGCCAGGCUGGAGGGGCAGCCGGGAAGGGGCCGCAGGGCAGAGCCCCUGAAGUGCCCAGGAAGGGCCAGGGGCUCUCCUUCCAAAGCGGCCCUCUGAGGACUCAUUUUAAUCAUGACCUUGAGUAGUCAGAAAAUCGUAUCAUUUAGUACAUCCUGAUUGGGAAAGAAGACAAGUAAGACAAGUACUUUAGACAUCUCUAUCUCAAGUUGUUAAAGGGAACAUUAAGCACUUAAGGUAUAAGGUUUGGGUGUAUGGACGCUUGUUUUCCAGAAAACUCAACUCCCUGGAGAACUGGGCCACGACGGGGUGAGCCAGCCAAGCAGGGCCGCAGAUGCUCUUUGCUCGGCGAGCGCGCUGUCGGCCCUGGGAGGAUGUUAGGGUAUUUGAGUCGAGCUGGGAGACACCCCUCCCCCCUUGGCCGUUUACUGGGUUCAGGAGGUUCCGGCCCAGCGGGCCGCCCGGCCUCAUCGCGGGGAGGGCCGAGGCGCCGGGAAGGGGUGGGGGGCGCGGGGGCGGGCGGGCGGCAGGAGGUCAGGUGGCCCUCUGCCCACAGGACGCCCUCCAGGAGGAGUACUCCCGCACGGGCACCUUCCCCGGGACGCCCAUGGUGCCCCCGCGGCGGCCCUGGACGCUCAUCAACUGGCUGUUCUGGGCCUCGCUGCUGCUCUACCCGUUCUUCCGCUUCCUCGUCAACAUGGUCAGCAGCGGCUCCUCCCUGACGUUGGCCAGCUUCGUCCUCGUCUUCUUCGUGGCUUCCGUGGGGGUCCGAUGGAUGAUUGGUGUCACAGAAAUUGACAAGGGCUCCGCCUACGGCAACAUGGACAGCAAGCCGAAACACAGCGACUGACCCAGGAUGCACCACCAUCCAAAGGGGACCUUGGAGGACUGGUGGACGCUGCCAUCAUCCUUGGAGGGACCCAGUGAUGAAGCUGGGUGAGCCCCUGCUGGGGAGGCAGGGGCACGGUCUCAGCGCCAGAUGGGGAGGAAGAUGUGCUUAAAUCCUUUCCCCCCGUGCUUUAGUGGGCUUCGGUUCUCUUUCUUUCCGUGUGAGUCCGUGUGAGCGUGUGUAUGUGCGACGAGAAAGAACACGUGUGAGUGAGAAUGAGGUGCGGGUGGGUGUGACCAUUCAGAGGGUACUUGAGGUGCAGGGGGAGGGCAGACAUGGGGAACACUGGGGGAGUUCCCUUCCAUCCUUUGGUGCUGCGUUUUCUGUAACCCUGGGUUGCCACAGACAGAGUGAAAGUCACUUUAGGUAAGAUGACUAAAUUAUGCCUCCAAAAAAAAUAUUAAAGCGUUUGGCUCCUGCGUGGUGUGUUCGCACAGCCCGCCCCUCCUUCCAUUCAGCCCCUGCCUUGCGUUCUGGAGUCUGGACCGCGGUGCUCUGGGGGGUGCUCACAAGGAGGAGGGGUCUGGGGGGGAGAGGGCCCGCAGGCCGGGGUGGCUAGAGGAGGUGGGUUUGCAAACGCAGGAGCCUGCGAGUGUCUGCGUGGAGACGGCAGGAGCCAGGAGGCUAGCUGAGCCGUGUCUGCAGGACACGGUGACGACGGGGCCCCUGGGAGGCAGCGCUGGUUCCCCGGUCUCCCUGCAGUGCAGUCUCUGGCCUAAGUCUUGAAGAGGUGCCCAACUUCCUGGAGAACCUCAUCUUGAAGCCGAACAUUAAAAUAAAGCCUGGGCGUUCUGCAGCGAUUUGAGAGGUGACUUUACAACCUCUGCUCGUCUCGGUAGCAAACAGAAAUUGGUCCCCAAACAAAUGCAGGCUCACUUUAAC